CGGCCUUUUUCCUAAUUUUUAAUAAAGCCCCUCUCUUCUCUCGAGGAUUCUUGGAAAUUUAAAAAAGAGACAAAAAAUCAAAAGAGAGAGAAAAAUAAAUAGUUAUUUAUUACAUCGAUUUCCCCCAAAUUUCUCCCCAUUGUCUGAAAUCAUCGGAGUAGGGUUACUAGAGUUUUAUUCCCUUUUCUUCUUCUUUAAAAAAAAUCAUCAAAUUUUCAUUUUUUUUCCUCCCUUUAUUUUACAACUUUCUGUCUAUUUCUCCAAAAUUACCGCCAAUUUCUUGAAUUUCCACUGAAAUUCAAAAAAAUGAGGAAUUCUGGGGAGAACUUGCAGUUGGGUGUUCUAAUUUUAGGGACUUCUUAAACUUGUUUAGAGCUAGGGUUUUAGUUAUUUUCCUGUUGGUUAUUUUGUACGAGUACUGUAAAUUGUGAGUUCUUGUUGUUGUAGUUUAUGGUAAAAAGGAUGGAUUUUGGAGUCUAGGGUUUAGGGUUUUGUUGAUUUAAGCUCAAUUUUAGUUUUUUUAAAGAGUUUGAGUGAGUGCUAAGUGUUCUACUGUGAAGAAAACUCCAAAAAUUCCCUUUUAAGUGCAAUUCCAGUUCUGGUUUGCUUCAGUUGUCUUUGUUUUGGCAGCCAAGUUCAUUUCUAGGGUUUUCAAGUUUAUCAUUCCUCGAAAAAUCCCUACUUUUCCCUCCAAUUCUUGGAUUUGAGCUACUGCUGCAUGCAAAGUUUGCUCCUUUGAGCAAUGGAAGUGAGAUCUGAUACCGGAGUUAUGGCCAGUAGAGAGCCCUUUACCCUUGGGGUGCAGAAACCCACCGUCCAAUCUCCGCCGUCAAUGCAAAACAUGCGGCUAACAUUCACCCCUGACGGCACCGCCGUCUACAAACCCAUACCGACUAGCUCUCCUCCCCCUCCCCCUCCUCAAACACAUUCAUAUCAAGAAGGAGGAGGAGGAGCUGAUGGUGGGCCCACCGGAGGCAGUAAUGGGCCGUCUCCGGCAAUCCCGUCUCCUCACGGGCUUAACAUGAAUAUGGGCGAGCCCAUUAGGAAGAAGAGAGGGAGGCCUAGAAAGUAUGGGCCUGAUGGUUCCAUGGCCCUCGCAUUGUCCCCUGUUUCGCCCCCUUCGUCGGGCCCGCCGGGUAGCGGGCCUGAUGGCAUGAAGAAGAAGGGCCGGCCUCCGGGUUCGGGGAGGAAGGUGCAGAUGGAUGCUCUGGGGUCUGCAGGGACAGGAUUUAUCCCUCAUAUUAUCACCGUUAAGGCUGGAGAGGAUGUAUCGUCAAAGAUCAUGUCUUUUUCUCAGAACGACACCCGUGCAGUCUGCGUUCUUUCAGCAAACGGUUCAAUAUCUAAUGUGACUCUUCGUCAGGCAGCAACUUCUGGUGGAACUGUAACUUAUGAGGGACGGUUUGAAAUCUUGUCGCUCUCAGGCUCCUUUCUGCUUUCAGAGAGUGGUGGCCAGCGUAGUAGAACUGGUGGGCUUAGUGUUUGUCCUGAUGGUCGUGUCUUAGGUGGCGGAGUGGCAGGACUUCUGACAGCUGCAUCACCUGUCCAGGUCGUGGUGGGCAGUUUUCUUGCUGAAGGAAAGAAAGAACGAAAGUACACCAUUCCCCUUGAGCCUUCCUCCGUCCCGGGAAAGCUCGCAGGCCCACCAUCACGAGGCACUCUGAGCGAGUCCUCCGGCGGCGGCCCUGGCAGCCCGAUGAACCAGAGCACGGGCACCACGUGCAAUAACAGCGUCCAGCAGGGGAUGAGUAGCAUGCCAUGGAAAUGAAAUGGAAACCCACCCCCCUUGCUUCUCGUUGUAACGUUGUAGCUUCUUCAAGAACUUGGUUGUUUUGUUCUUAUUAUGUUAUCUGAUCUGAUGUAGGCUUAGGCGCUGAUGAUGUUUGUGAGUUUUUAGCUGUUGAUGUUGUUGUUCAAUUAUUAGCUUGUGUCCGUAUCCUAGGGUUUUCUUAGCGUCAUGGUUGUGGUUUAGAUGUAUUUGUGAAGGACUACGUAUGAUGUACCUCGUCUUAGUCAUUAAUCAUCUGUUGUUUAAUGUUUGUGAAAAAGCCUGAUGUCGAAUCUUUUGGUGGGAUUUUGUUGUAUUAUUAUUGCAUGGUGUUGA